GAUAAUUGCUCUGCUCAUGUUUUCGUGUGAAUUACGAGGAUGACAAGAGAUUUAAAAGCGAAUUUGCCGGUUCAUAAUAUCAUAAUCACCAAAAGCUUUCAUUUUUCAUUAGCUCCUCUCCUCUCCUCUCCACCAAGACCAAAGCUUUAUCUCAAGCCUUUAAAAGGUGUACAGAUGGAAGCUAAUGGAGUGGCUGAACUUAAAGAACCUCUAUUGGAGUGUUCGGAUAGUGAUAGUGUUGUAAUCACAAUCCCUGAUUUGGUUCACAAGAAAAAUGAGAAAAUAAGCAGCAUUAUGUUCAGAGUAAGAGGAAUGGAAUGUGCAUCUUGUGCAGUAUCUAUAGAAUCUGCGCUUAAAAAGCUUGAUGGAGUUCGCAGUGUCAUGGUAUCAUCACUUCAAGGUCAGGCUGUGAUCAAAUAUGUGCCAGAGCUGAUUAAUGCAAAAAAAAUCAAGGAAACUUUGGAGGACACAGGUUUUACAGCUGAUGAGUUUCCAGAACAAGACAUAGCAGUAUGCCGGUUGAGGAUUAAGGGAAUGGCAUGCACAAGCUGCUCAGAGUCUGUUGAACGUGCUCUACAGAUGGUCAAUGGAGUCAAAAAAGCAGUCGUUGGCUUAGCACUUGAAGAAGCAAAGGUCCAUUUUGAUUCAAGCGUUAUUGAUACUGACCACAUUAUAGAAGCAAUAGAAGAUGCUGGUUUUGGAGCCACUCUCAUUAGCUCUGGGAAUGAAGGGAACAAAGUACAUUUAAAACUUGAAGGCGUGAAUAAUAAAGAAGACAUAACUGCAGUAAAAUCCACUCUUGAGUCAACUCUGGGUGUGGUUGAUGUUUCUUUUGAUAUGACAGAACAUAAGGUAACUAUUAGCUAUGACCCUGAUAUAACCGGUCCGCGAUCUCUUAUAAAGUGCAUUCAAGAAGCAGGACAUGUUCCCAACAAUUUUAGUGCAAGCUUAUACGUUCCUCCAAGACAAAGAAAGGAAGAACAGUUGCAUGAAAUUCGAGUCUUUAGGAAUCAAUUUUUGAUGAGCUGCUUAUUUACAGUUCCAAUAUUUAUGUUCUCAAUGGUACUGCCUAUGCUUCCUCCUUAUGGUGAUUGGCUAGACUAUAAGAUUCACAACAUGCUCUCAAUUGGGAUGAUUUUAAGUUGGAUCCUUUGCACACCUGUGCAGUUCGUUGUUGGCCGGAGGUUCUAUGUGGGAUCAUAUCAUACAUUAAGGCGAAGAUCUGCUAAUAUGGAUGUUCUGGUUGCACUAGGAUCUAAUGCUGCAUAUUUCUACUCUGUUUAUGUAGUGAUUAAAUCAUUGACAUCAGAAACAUUUGAAGGCCAAGAAUUUUUUGAAACUAGUGCCAUGUUGAUUUCUUUUAUCCUCCUAGGAAAAUAUUUGGAAGUUGUUGCUAAAGGAAAGACAUCUGAUGCCUUAGAAAAGCUUACCGACCUUGCACCAGAUUCUGCUCAUUUGGUAACACUAGAUGGAGAUGGAAAUGUCAUCUCAGAGAUGGAAAUUAACACUCAAUUGAUACAGAGAAACGAUAUUAUCAAGAUUGUUCCGGGAGCAAAAGUUCCUGUUGAUGGGAUUGUCAUAGACGGUCAAAGCCAUGUUAAUGAGAGUAUGAUUACAGGAGAGGCCAUUCCCAUUGCAAAGAAACCGGGGGACAAGGUUAUUGGAGGGACCAUGAAUGAGAACGGAUGCUUACUAGUUAAGGCCACCCAUGUUGGAUCGGAGACUGCUCUUUCCCAGAUUGUUCAACUUGUGGAAGCUGCUCAGCUUGCCAGAGCACCUGUCCAAAAACUAGCUGAUCAGAUAUCAAGAAUUUUUGUUCCAACAGUUGUUGUUGUCGCUAUUAUAACCUGGUUGGGAUGGUUUAUUCCUGGAAAGCUUGGUAUAUUCCCUAAGCAUUGGAUACCAAAAGACAUGGAUGAAUUUGAGCUUGCUCUGCAGUUCGGUAUUUCAGUUUUGGUGGUUGCUUGCCCGUGUGCUCUUGGUCUCGCAACACCAACAGCAGUCAUGGUUGCCUCGGGAAAGGGUGCUUCUCAAGGUGUCCUUAUUAAAGGUGGUAAUGCACUUGAAAAGGCACACAAGAUCAAAAUUAUUGUCUUUGACAAGACAGGAACUCUCACGAUCGGGAAGCCUGUGGUAGUUAGUGAUGUGCUCUUUUCUAACUUUCCAAUGGAAGAGGUGUGUGACAUGGCCACAGCUGCAGAGGCGAACAGUGAACACCCAAUUGCAAAAGCUGUGGUGGUGCAUGCCAAGAGGCUGCGCCAAAAGUUUGGGUCCAAUGGUGAAUUUAUUGCAGAUGUUAAAGAGUUCGAGGUGCACCCUGGGGCAGGAGUGGGCGGAAAAGUUGGCCAUAGAACAGUUUUAGUUGGUAACAGAAGACUCAUGCGCUCUUUUAACGUCCCAGUUGGUCCGAAGGUUGAGAGCUAUAUUUCAGAAAAUGAGCACCUGGCUCGGACAUGUGUUUUGGUCGCCAUUGAUGGGGAAGUUGCUGGAGCUUUUGCUGUAACUGAUCCUGUGAAACCAGAGGCAAGGCGUGUCAUAUCUUAUCUGCGCUCGAUGGGCAUAUCCAGCAUCAUGGUGACUGGUGAUAACUUGGCCACAGGUUCUGCGGUUGCAAAGGAGAUUGGGAUUGAGACAGUGUUCGCUGAGACAGAUCCAGCAGGAAAAGCUGACAAGAUCAAAGAAUUACAGAUGAAAGGAUUGACUGUGGCAAUGGUGGGGGACGGCAUAAAUGACUCGCCAGCAUUGGCUGCAGCUGAUGUUGGCAUGGCCAUUGGUGCUGGAACCGACGUAGCUAUAGAAGCAGCUGACAUAGUUCUGAUCAAGAGCAACUUGGAAGAUGUUGUUACAGCCAUAGAUCUCUCCAAAAAAACCAUGUCUAGAAUUCGGCUAAAUUAUGUCUGGGCCCUUGGAUACAACAUCCUUGGCAUGCCAAUAGCGGCCGGAAUCUUAUACCCUUUUACCGGAAUCCGAUUGCCACCUUGGCUUGCUGGUGCUUGCAUGGCUGCUUCCUCCCUUAGUGUGGUCUGUUCUUCGCUUUUGUUGCAGUCUUAUAAGAAGCCUUUGGAAAUUCAACAUUCUUGAGGCUCCAACUGACUUCUAAAACCAUAACUUGGCUAAUUUUUAGUCUCUGUUAGCUUCCAUUGUGUACAUUUUCAUUGAUGCAUUAAUGAAAAAACUAGACUAACUUCUCAUGA